UAGUACUUUAGUUUCCUCCUCGUCCUCCAGUCCAGCAGGCGUCGCUGUUGGCUCUGAGCUCGGUGUCUCUGUUUUCCUGCCGCUGGCUCUCUUUGUCCGCUCCGGGACUCAAAGUGCGCAAAGACGAGGAACAUGUCCGCCGUGCAGCUGCUGCGGGUGUCGGUACGUGAGCGGAUCAGCGCUGCCGCGGAAGGCUUUCUGCUGCAGGUGGAGAAAGGAGGAGAAACGGCUCGAGUCCCGGCGCUGAGGGCGAUGCUCACCGAGCGGCUCGCGGCGGCGGCGGAGGAGAUCGUCGCGGUGAUUGAGGAAACCGUGGCGGAGUACGAACACAGAGUGGAGCGGUCCGAGCGGGAGGUCUGCCGCCAGAGGAGGCUGCUGGAUGCCGUGAUGAAGCCCGAACUCCGGCUGCACAGAGUCGUGUGUCCUGCAGACGUACAGCAGCUGAUGGUGAAUAAAGAAGAGGUUCCCCCUAAGCAGCAGCAGUUGAGCCCCAUUGUGGACCAGGAUGACCCAGAGCCCCCCCACAUUAAAGAGGAACAGGAGGAACCGUGGACCAAUCAGGAGGGAGAGCAGCUUCAACAACUUGAGCAGGCUGAUAUCAAGUUCACAUUGACUGCUGUCACUGUGAAGAGUGAAGAAGAUGAAGAGAAACCUGAGUUGUCACAGCUUCAUCAGAGUCAGACUGAGGAGAACAGAGCGGACUGUGGAGAACAAGAACCAGCCAGGAACUCCGGUCCUGAUGGACAUUUACAACAAGGUACUGAGGACAAGACUGAAGGCAGUGAAGAUGAUUGGAUGCAGACCAGGGAACCUCUGUCUGGUUUAAAUACAACAAAUAACAAACAGCCUCUAAGUGAUAUGAAAUGUAAAACUGGUAAGAAAGCAUUAGGUUGUUCUGAGUGUGAUAAAACAUUUAGACAAAAGUGCGAUCUAACUGUACAUAUGAGGACUCAUACAGGAGAGAAACCGUUUAGUUGCUCUGAGUGUGGUAAAAGAUUUAGACAAAAGUGCUAUCUAACUGGACAUAUGAUAACUCAUACAGGAGAGAGAUCGUUUAGUUGUUCCGAGUGUGGUAAAAGAUUUCUUUAUAAGGGCCAUCUAACUGCACAUAUGAGGAUUCAUACAGGAGAGAAACCAUUUAGUUGCUCUGAGUGUGGUAAAAGAUUUAGCCGAAAUGGCAAUCUAACUGUACAUAUGAGGAUUCAUACAGGAGAGAAACCGUUUAGUUGCUCCGAGUGUGGUAAAAGAUUUCUUCAAAAGUGCGAUCUAACUGUACAUAUGAGGACUCAUACAGGAGAGAAAGCAUUUAGUUGCUCCUAGUGUGGUAAAAUAUUUAGACUAAUGGGUAAUGUAACUGCAUAUGAGUAGUCAUAUAGGAGAGAAUGAAUUUACUUGCUCUGUGUGGUUAAAGAUUUAAGUUGCAUCGUUUGCAACAAAAGAUUUAUUAGGAUUUGUCAGUGUGGUGUAUUUAGCUAACAUGGAUCAUUUUGACGUGUGUAAAACAUAAUGACAUGUUUGAAGCUGGGGGCCCCUCGUUUCUGGAUUCUCAGAAUUCCUAACUAUUAUUCCAUAUGUUACUCGUUAGUUCUCUCCCUCUGAGAAUGCUCUUUGACCUGUUAGAUGGAGGGGUUUCCAUCUUUAUGUACGAAGCAUGUCUUGAAUUAAAGGCCCCUAUGUAUGAUGUCAUUUGAUCUCAAAUCUUGGGCGUACACAAUUUCCCUACAUGAAUGCUUGUCCGGCACCGGCGAGGCAGACUUCUGCAUUAGCUGAGAACGUCUCCGGGUAUACCUAGGUACCUGUCCUGACCUGUAACUUCUGUGUAAUAAACCUUUUUAUACA